GGGCGCGCAUGUGUGGGAGGUGUGUAUUCUUCCCGCCAAGGAGCUGUCAAAAUUCGCCAAAAUCGGGAUAAGUUUUAGGUCCCGUGUAUUGAUUGCAUUUUUAAUUUAAAUUUAAUAUAAUAUUGUUAGCCAAUUUGGCAAUAAAAAUGGCUAAACCAGAAGAAAGUGAUGAAAAUUGGAUUGCUGCUAUGGAUGAUAUUUGUUCAAAAUUAAACGUAGAUCCAGUUGCUACUGAAAAAUCAAAGGAAUCAUUUGCAGAAAUAAGGCGAAAUUUUACAUUAGACGGCGAAGCUUUACAUUGGAUGGCAUGUGCCUUGUAUGUGGCAUGUCGUACAUCAAUCACUCCCACUGUAGAAUCGGGAAAAGCGGUGAAAGGAAACUGUGUAAGCUUGACACGGUUACUGAGACUCUGUAAUAUCAGCCUAAUCCAGUUCUUCACAAAAAUAAAAAACUGGAUGGAAAUGACAUUGAUGCCAUCUGAUUUUAAAGAUAGAAUUAGUAGAUUAGAGCGGAAAUUUGCUGUGUCUACUAUUUUAUUCAGGAAAUUCCAACCUUUAUUUCAAGAAAUAUUCACUGGUUUGACUAAUGAACCAGUCAAAACUAAGAGCAGUAAAAAACAAAAGCUUCAAAGAUGCUCAACAAAUGCCCUAUUCAAUUUAACAUGGUGUCUAUAUGUGUGUGUAAAAGGGGAAUUUCACAAUUCAGCUGAUGAUCUUGUGGACAUGUAUCAUUUACUCUUAUCAUGUUUAGACUUUAUAUUUGCCAAUGCAUUCAUGUCAAGACGCACUGACCUAUUGAAUCCCAGUUUUAAAGGUCUACCCAAAGACUGGUUGCAGGAUGACUUUGAAUUACCAAAAAAGCCACCUUGCAUAAUAUCGGUGCUUUGUGAAAUAAAAGAUGGGCUAGCUGUUCAAGCGAGUACUAUGAAAGACUACAGUUGGAACAAAGUUAUUAAAUCCUUCUUUGAGAAAGGCAUUCUUAAGGGUGACAGUGAACAACAUCUAGGCCUCCUAGAUGUGGGAAAUUUUGAUGUAAAUCAGAAGUCACUGAACAAUCUGUAUGAGACUUAUGUUCUUAGUGUUGGAGAGUUUGAUGAAAGAAUAUUCUUAGGAGAACAUGCUCAUGAGCAAAUUGGCACUAAAAAGGUUUCUGGAGAUGAAAUAUCGCAAGUUAUCGCUAAUUUUGGACCUAGUGGCAAGGCAUGUCCAGACACACCGCUCACAGGGCGUAGAUAUCUCGGUCGGAGGGCGGAGGAACUCACACCAGUAUCAGAAGCAACUAAUAGCUUGGCUCGACUCGCUACAUUCUUAAGGCAGUCGAAACCGCAACCUUCUACGUCGCUGAUGAGACUUUUUGCUGAAUAUGGAGUCAGUGAUGAAACAAUAACAAAGAAAGUUAUAGAACCAUGCAACACAUGGAUGGAUCAGUUUUCGAACAGCCUAAAGGAGUGCAACUGUAGCGCGGAAACUAUAGCAUACAGAUGUAAUAUGGUCACAUGUCUCUACUAUAAGGUCUUUGAGCAUAUAAUUAGGGAGGAACAUAGGAAAAAACCACAAGUGUCUUUGCAGAAUAUAUUCCAGAUGCUUCUAUCGCAAGAAACGUACCAGCUCACAGUAUAUGCUUGUUGUACGGAAGUGGUCCUACACUCAUAUGGCGUACAUUCGCUGAGAUUCCCUCGAGUGUUGCAAAUUUAUGGCCUCAGUGCAUUUCACUUUUAUAAAAUUAUCGAGCUUGUCGUGAAAGCGGUUGUGGAAAAACUUAGCAGAGAUGUUAUCAAACAUUUAAAUGCAGUGGAGGAACAAGUAUUGGAAUCUCUGGUAUGGACAUCAGACAGUCCGCUAUGGGAGCAGCUAGCCAAAGCCCCCGUCCCAGCGUCUACCAAAGUAUAUGUGCACGAAUCUCCCCAUAACAGGAGAAGUGGUCUACAGUCUCCUGUUUCCUCAGUAAUCGAUCGCUAUCUUGCGCCUAUAGCGGACCAAGCUAAAAAACAACUUUUUAAAGAUACUGUUAAACCUGGGCAAUCGCUCUUAGUACAAACAAAUAUAAAAUCUGAACAAAAUUCUCCCCAAGCUACAACAAGUGCCACUUCUACAACUAACGGUGAUACGACACCCAAUACCACGCCUAAGAAAGCUAAUAACUCAUUAAUUUUAUUCUUUAGAAAGUUUUAUAGUCUAGCUGUAGUAAGAAUGAACGACUUAUGCACGCGGCUACGUCUCACUGACGAUGAGCUAAAAAGAAAAAUAUGGACAUGUCUAGAAUAUUCUAUCAUGCAUCAGACACAACUUAUGAAGGACAGGCACCUGGAUCAGAUAUUAAUGUGUGCUGUUUAUGUUAUAUGCAAAGUAUCAAAUAGUGCAAGUAAUCAAGUGGAAAGAACAUUCGCGGAUAUAAUGCGAUGUUACAGACAGAGGCCACUUGCUGAUAAUCAUGUGUAUAGAUCGGUUCUUAUCAAUCAGAGUGAAGAAGGAUCGCCAGAGAGAGGAGAUUUAAUUAAUUUCUACAAUAGAGUGUAUGUACAGUGUAUGCAAAACUUUGCGCUUAGAUUCACUGGACGACAUAAAGAUGAGUGCAGUCUGUCCCCUUUACCGGCGGGUCGCGGCGACGCGUCGUACUCGCCGGGCGGCCAGCGGGUCUCGUGCACGCACCAGCUGUACGUGAAACCGCUGACUGCUUCACCACCGCACCACCACCACCUCACUUAUCGGUUUAGCCGGAGCCCUGCUAAGGACCUGCACGCGAUCAACACGCUGGUGUCGUGCGAGGUGGGCGGCGUGGGCGGCGUGGGCGGCGUGAAGCGCGGCGGCGAGGGCGGCGAGCUGGUGAAGCGCGCGCGCUGCGGCGCCGCCGGCGUCGCGCGCAAGCUGCAGGGGCUCGUCAGCGACCGGCAGGCGUUGUGAGAUUGAACCAACAAAGUGCUGAAUUGACAAGAAAUGAAGUUACGACUCAAAAUUAUUUAAGUAUCAAAAUUAAGCAUAAGCUCUCUAGGCGAUUCUUUUGCACAAUUAUUUAUUUUAACUUGACUAGAACGUGGAAUAUCGAAUCAAGAUGUAUCAAAAUUAUUAUUUUGUCACAAGUACCAAUCUCUGACCGAAUUAAUAUGAGUUUUGUUUUUAAUUUUUCGAACACUGUCACCGUUUUAAAAUUUGUAUAUAAUGUUUAAUUUAAUGGCCCUAACAAUCAAACAGACAGAACUGCAUCAGCACCGUUAUAUUUGACACUAUUUGUAACGUUUUUAUAUUUUGUAAUUCUCAAAUAAAAGGACAACUAUGCAUGUCAAUACUUAUAUUAUUCAAAAUUUCUACAUAUUGCAGGAAAUCACAAGAUUCCAACAAAACAGCACAAUUGAUAAAUUUAAUUUUUAUAAAAAAAAAUUUUAAUAACUACAAAAAAUAUAGCAGCUAAAAUGUACCAAGAAUAUAGGUUUUUUUAAUCUUCAGUAGGUAAAAUAAAAGCAUGGGGCAAAAUAAUUACUAGUCAUAAAAAUUCCAAUACAGAGCUUUUAAAUUUAAAUUAGGAAUAAUAACGGGAAGUGGCGGUGUUCUACAAUGAAUGUUCAGAGAUUGCACUGACACAAAUGAAGUAUAUUGAUCUCAUUUAUUUAUGUUGAGUGUGAAUAGUAUUGAAUAUGCCAUAUUAUCGAAAAUUGCUCAUCUGUAAAGUAAUUUAAGUUGCAUAAUUCCUUAUUUUAGUAGGAGACGCGUUUUAUUUUAUGGUUAUAUUAUUGAAGGGUGUAAAAUCAAAUCGUCAGAAUUUUAACAUGAAUUUUUUUUUAUCUAUUUCCAGAUAGUUUAUGGCCAGUACGAAUUUGUUUUUAUACCCAUCAUACCUCAUUAUUGUAGAUAAAACAUAUACUUUCAUUGAUCACAAAUCACUUAUUUUAUAUAAUAAGCUGACGAUAUAGCAUAUUAUAUCAAUUAGAUUAAGUUAAAACAUACUAACAGUUUUCUUUAGGUACGGCUCUACCUAUAAAUAAGUUCCUCUUUUAUUUCGUUGACUGAAAAUUAUGUAUUGUUCAGUCAAAUCUAUUUUAUUUGCUUGAAAUAAUUAUAUUUUUAUUUUUGUAGUGAGUAAGUUGAUGAUCAGAGAAGUUUUAAAUCAAUUCCUUUUUUCUUCCAAUCAAAAUUAAAUGAUUGUAUAUUUCGGACAUAAAAAAUAUCAUAUUGUAUGUAGAUUUUACUUCUUAGAGUAUUAAAGAUAUGCACUUUAUAA